AUGGGCAACGGCACGUGGUGGGAGGGCUGCCACGUGGACUCGCGCGUGGACCACCUCUUCCCGCCCUCGCUGUACAUCUUCGUUAUCGGCAUAGGGUUGCCCACCAACUGCUUGGCGCUGUGGGCGGCCUACCGCCAGGUGCGCCAGCGCAACGAGCUGGGCGUCUACCUGAUGAACCUGAGCAUCGCCGACCUGCUGUACAUCUGCACGCUGCCCCUGUGGGUGGACUACUUUCUGCACCACGACAACUGGAUCCACGGGCCGGGCUCCUGCAAGGUCUUCGGCUUCGUCUUCUACACCAACAUCUACAUCAGCAUCGCCUUCCUCUGCUGCAUCUCCGUGGACCGCUACCUGGCCGUAGCACACCCGCUGCGCUUCGCGCGCCUGCGCCGCGUCAAGACGGCCGUGGCCCUCAGCUCGGUGGUCUGGGCCACGGAGCUGGGGGCCAACUCGGCGCCCCUCUUCCACGACGAGCUCUUCCGCGACCGCUACAACCACACCUUCUGCUUUGAGAAGUUCCCCAUGGAGGGCUGGGUGGCCUGGAUGAACCUCUACCGCGUCUUUGUGGGCUUCCUCUUCCCCUGGGGGCUCAUGCUGCUCUGCUACGGCGGCAUCCUGCGCGCCGUGCGGGGCAGCGUGUCCACCGAGCGCCAGGAGAAGGCCAAGAUCAAGCGGCUGGCGCUCAGCCUCAUUGCCAUUGUGCUGGUCUGCUUCGCGCCCUACCACGUGCUGCUCCUGUCCCGGAGCGCCGUCUACCUGGGCCGCCCCUGGGACUGCGGCUUCGAGGAGCGCAUCUUCUCCGCCUACCACAGCUCGCUGGCCUUCACCAGCCUCAACUGCGUCGCCGACCCCAUCCUCUACUGCCUGGUCAACGAGGGCGCCCGCAGCGACGUGGCCAAGGCCCUGCACAACCUCCUGCGCUUCCUGGCCAGCGACAAGCCCCAGGAGAUGGCCAACGCCUCGCUCACGCUGGAGACCCCGCUCACCUCCAAGAGGAACAGCGUGGCCAAGGCCCUGGCAGCCGGUGGCUGGGCGGCGGUGCCGCCUCCGCCCUCCCAGGGGGACCAGCUGCAGCUCAAUAUGAUGCCGCCCCUGGCCCAGUGA